AUGUUCAAGCUCGCUCGCGGUCGCCCAAUCGCCGCGGCUCUCCGGGCUGCGACGGAAUCUCCCAUCUCUGCCCGUCUUGCUCAGCAGCAGAAGCGUAACCUCUCCAUCCACGAGUACCUGUCUGCUCGUCUCUUGGCGCAGAAUGGUGUUGGUGUCCCCCGCGGUGAGGUCGCUACGACCGCCGAGGAGGCCGAGAAGGUCGCCAAAUCUAUCGGAAGCGACGACUUGGUCAUCAAGGCCCAGGUUUUGGCCGGUGGUCGUGGUAAGGGUACCUUCGACAACGGUCUUAAGGGUGGUGUCCGUGUGAUCUACUCUCCCGCCGAGGCCAAGAUCUUCGCCAACGAGAUGAUCGGUCACAAGCUCGUCACCAAGCAGACUGGCGCUGCUGGCCGUAUCUGUAACUCCGUCUACAUCUGUGAGCGCAAGUUCGCCCGUCGCGAGUUCUAUCUUGCCAUCCUCAUGGACCGUGGCACCCAGAGCCCCGUCAUCGUCGCCUCUUCUCAGGGUGGUAUGGAUAUCGAGACUGUCGCCAAGGAGAAUCCCGACGCCAUUCUCACCACCCCCAUCAACAUCCACGAGGGUGUCACCGACGAGAUCGCUCGCACCAUCGCCACUGACCUCGGUUUCUCCGAGCAGUGCAUCGAGGAUGCCAAGACCACCAUCCAGAACCUGUACAAGGUCUUCAUGGAGAAGGACGCCACCCAGAUCGAGAUCAACCCUCUGUCUGAGACCUCCGACCACCAGGUUCUCGCCAUGGACGCCAAGCUCGGAUUCGAUGACAACGCCGAGUUCCGCCAGAAGGAGGUCUUCUCGUGGCGCGACGUGACCCAGGAGGAUGCUGAUGAGGUCAAGGCUGCUGAGCACGGCCUCAACUUCAUCAAGCUGGACGGUGACAUUGGCUGCCUGGUCAACGGUGCUGGUCUCGCCAUGGCCACCAUGGAUAUCAUUAAGCUGAACGGUGGUAGCCCCGCCAACUUCCUUGACGUCGGUGGUGGUGCUACCCCCGCUGCCAUCAAGAGCGCCUUCGAGUUGAUCACCAGCGACCCUAAAGUCUCUGCCAUCUUCGUCAACAUCUUCGGUGGUAUUGUCCGCUGUGAUGCCAUCGCUCAGGGUCUGAUCAACGUUGUGCAAGAGAUGGGUCUGCGCACCCCAAUUGUCGCUCGUCUUCAGGGUACCAACAUGGAGCAGGCUCACAAGCUGAUCAACGAGUCUGGCCUCAAGAUCUUCUCCAUGGAGGACCUCCAGAAUGCCGCUGAGAAGUCCGUCCAGUUCUCCAAGGUUGUCAAGAUGGCCCGUGAGAUCGACGUCGGUGUCGAGUUCACCCUCGGAAUCUAA